GGCAGGCGCGGACGUUCAAAAAUAAUGGCAGAUCAGUCUGGUGUUUUACAGCCUGUAUCAAACUCAGAUGAGACUGAAAACUCUUCUGCUGUCCACAACCCAGACAGCGGAGUAAAGAGGAGACUCUCCUUUACUUCGGAGAGGGACAUCAGCUCGGGAAAAGAGCCCAGUGCGACAUGUUCCAUGCUUAGCUUACAGACUGAUCUCGAUGACUCAAAUUCGUGCGUUCCCCUAACGGAAACAGACGAAGAAAGUCGAACAGAAACAAUGGAAAUAUGUCUAAAAUCAGAAAAUGCUGUUGAUUUUAAAGGGUUAUCUCUGAAAGAGCACAGCGGGAUUAAUUCGCUAGAUAAGGAAAACCCUCCUGAGGCUGCUAAUGGUAUCCAAGACGGAGAAGAAAGGAUUUCAGGACCAGAUCCCUGUGUGGCUGUUAGCAAAAGGCACGUCAACUCUGAGGAACAAGAUGCUGAAGUGGUGAGAAAAGCUCGAGAAGAAGGCUGUGUGAGCGUGGUCUUCCCUGGCACUGUGACUCAGGACGGCUGCUACCGUUUUGUCUGCGAGAUCCUCAAGUGCAUCCUCUAUCAGAGACAGCAGCUGCCAAUGACGUAUGACCAGCUGGUUUAUUCCCAGAAAAAGCAGCAAGCUUCAGUCCAGGAAAGAGAUGUAGUGACUCGAAAGCCGUCGCAGUCUGCAGCUAUGGAGCUGCGUAAAUGUCAGCAGACACUUCAGGACCUGGAGGAGGUGCUGCAGCAGCUGGAGUUGCUGUUUUCUUUGAGCAAAGUGCCCCGUGUUUUACUGCUGAUGGGGGGCUCCCUCAUUCUUCCUAAAGAGCUGUACGAGAUAAACAUGGAGGCUCUGGCUGUUGGGAAUCAGUCUCUCAGUGUGUCCUCCUGCUUGAGGCAGCUCUUCCGCACUCUUUUCGUUGCCGACCUCCUAUCCGACACCAAACCGGUUCGCCUAAUGCCCACAACAGUCCUGGCACUGGCUCACAGAGAAUGCGGUGUAGGAUGGUUCAGACCUAAACUGCAGUUUAAAGUCCCAACGCGGGUUCAAAACCGAAUUAUUACCCUGUCUACAGAUCCCAGCAUCUGUAAGGGGUAUAAAGCAGAUGGGUCAGAGUGGCAGGAUUAUGUCUGGUUUCAAGCACCAAUUGCAAUAAAGGGUUUCAGCCACUGAUCCCAACUGUUGAGUAAUCUGAGAAUUGAAUAAAGUCUAUUUUAUUGGGUUUUUGAUUAAAAACUGAACAUUCAUUUAGAGUUAGGUUGUAUAUAUUUUAUUGAAGUUGGCUUUAAAACUGUGGAUUUAUAAAUGUUUCUUUAUUCAUGCAGAAAUGUAAGGGAAUCUUUCUAAAGUCUCCAGCAAAGGACAUGUUUUCUGGCUUUUAAGACGUAUUUUUAUUUAUAAAGCAUUGCCUUUCAUACAUAUUAAGAAGAGCACAACUUUGCACAAUAUAAUACCGACAAUAACUUGAAUGGUUUAAUGAACUGCUUUCUUUUCAUUCUAGAAAACAAAUAUGAAUGUCCAGGUGUCUGCCUACAUGUUUACAUUCACUGAAACAUUAACAUUUAAUGAUCAUAACUAGGAAAAAGAUUAACUGAAAGGAUUGGGGUUUAUCUGAACUGGUGCAGUGUGAUCAUGUCAUUUAUAAUAAAAGAAAAACAUG